UUUAAACACAUGUGUAUAUCGAUACCGUCGCCACUGGUGUCCCAUCUCUAGUUCUAUCGCCGCGUUGUGUUUUUUGCUGCCCAGUAAUUUUCAUCGUUGUUUUCCCAGUAAAUUUCUCAAAUUAAGUGCGCGAUGGGGGAAAGCGAUGCAGAGAGCGAUUCGAGCAGCAAUUCCAGCAGCAGCGACACUUCCAGUGGCAGCGACAGCGACGCCAGGAGCGAGUCCUCGUCCUCCGAAAGCAGCGGGCGCGAGGAAGAGGAAGCAAAGCAGGAGGAAUCCGCCAAAGAUGCCAAGAAAAAUGACGAUAAGGAUAGGGAGGAGAAGCGGGACAAGGAGAGGGGAGCUGAGCAGGAUGAGGAGUCUACUGAGCAGAAGAAAACUCCUGCGGCUGAGCCCAGUUCGGAGCGCCAGCACAUUUCCCGUUCUGCUGGCGUGGAAAAGCAGCAAGAAGAAGCAGUGGCUGCUGCGGCGGAAAGCGAGAAAUUAAAUGAAGCGGAAAAAGUAGAAACACCUGUCCAGCGGAAAGAGGAAGCAGAAGCCUCAGGUGUGACGAAAGAACUGGACAGCCCGAAGACCCAAGAAGAAAACGUUGCACGGGAAUCAGAAGAGCGGAGGAAGGAUGAAGAGCAGCCGGUGACCACCAAUGGAAGUAGCAAGGAAUCGCCGGUGGAAGCAGCAGGUGGAACAGUGAAACCUCCCACUGCGGACCACAUCGAGGAGGGCGAGAUAACCGACAAAGACGAAGAUGACCUACCGACUAAAGAGAGUAAGAAAGCUGUCGCAUCUAAGAGUCCAUCCAAAGAAACCCAACGAAAACAAAGCCGCAGCCCGGAUGACAAACGACGACGGCCACGCUCAUCCAGCAGGAGUCCAUCACCCAGCAGCCGUCGCCGUCGUCGCUCGAGAAGCAAAGGCAGCAGGACCCGGAGUCGCAGUAAAAGUCCCAUCCGCCGCAGAUCCAAUUCUUUGGAGAGAAGACGCGUUGAGCGACAGAGACGUCAUGAGGAGCGUGAUAAACGCGAUGAGGAGCGAGCCAAGGAGCGAGAAAAGCGCCAUCAAAAGGGUGAACCAAUCAGCAGAAGGCGUAGAGAUGAUUCGAGGGAAAAGAAGAGAUCGUCAGAACGCAAAAGAGAUCGUUCCUCCUCCACUUCGGGAUCGAAGUCCUCAAAGACCCCUCGCAACACCGAAACCAUCAAUGCAGACAAUGAAACCGUAACCGAACCGGCAGCCAAAAUUACUGAGCGCCAACGAAAGACCGUGGAUGUGCUGACAUCUCGGACUGGAGGAGCCUAUAUUCCGCCGGCGAAGCUGCGCAUGAUGCAGUCACAGAUCACGGACAAAGCAUCCGCUGCCUAUCAGAGAAUCGCUUGGGAGGCUCUCAAAAAAUCGAUCCACGGUUACAUUAACAAAGUGAAUGUGACAAAUAUAGCUAUCAUCACCAGAGAGCUUCUAAGAGAGAAUAUCGUGAGGGGAAGGGGCUUACUAAGCAGGAGCAUCAUCCAAGCACAGGCUGCUUCGCCCACAUUCACCCAUGUAUACGCCGCUCUGGUGAGCAUUAUAAAUUCAAAGUUUCCGAACAUAGGAGAGCUCCUCCUCAAACGUCUGGUCAUCCAAUUUCGUAGGGCGUUCCGACGUAAUGAUAAGAUGGUUUGCAUGUCGGCCACUCGAUUCAUUGGCCAUUUGGUCAACCAGAGGGUGGCACAUGAGAUUCUGGCACUAGAAAUCCUUACCCUGCUGGUGGAAACGCCCACGGACGAUUCUGUAGAGGUAGCCAUCGCUUUUCUGAAAGAGUGUGGUAUGAAACUGACUGAGGUUUCGUCCAAAGGCAUUGGGGCAAUCUUCGAGAUGCUGAGAAACAUCCUACACGAGGGAAAGUUGGACAAGCGAGUGCAGUACAUGAUUGAGGUGCUGUUUCAGAUUCGAAAGGAUGGCUUCAAGGAUCAUCAGGCUGUUGUUUCGGAACUGGAGCUCGUUGAGGAGGACGAUCAAUUCACGCAUCUGAUGAUGCUAGAUGAAGCCACCGAAACGGAAGAUGUAUUAAAUGUUUUUAAAUUUGACGACAAUUAUGCUGAAAAUGAGGACAAAUACAAAGGCCUAAGUCGCGAGAUCCUGGGCAGCGACGAUGGCAGUAGUUCAGGCUCGGGCUCCGGAUCAGAUUCGGAUAGUGAUUCGGAUGGAGAAUCCGGAUCCGAUGCGGAAAAGAAAGCCGAGGCUGGCGAUAUCAUUGACAGCACUGAAACCAAUCUGAUUGCCCUGCGACGCACAAUUUACUUAACCAUCAACUCCAGUUUGGAUUAUGAGGAGUGUGCCCAUAAACUGAUGAAAAUGCAACUGAAACCCGGACAAGAAAUCGAGCUCUGUCACAUGUUUCUCGAUUGCUGUGCGGAACAGAGAACAUACGAGAAGUUCUACGGACUGCUGGCCCAGCGGUUCUGCAACAUCAACAAGAUCUACAUACCGCCCUUUGAGGAGAUUUUUAAGGACACCUAUCAAACCACCCACAGAUUGGACACGAAUCGUUUGCGAAACGUCAGCAAGUUCUUUGCCCAUCUCCUGUUUACCGACGCCAUUAGUUGGGAUGUGCUGGAGUGCAUCCAACUGAACGAGGAUGAUACCACGUCGUCAAGCCGCAUUUUCAUAAAAAUUCUGUUUCAGGAGCUAGCUGAGUAUAUGGGACUGGGCAAACUGAAUGCCAAACUGAAGGAUGAAGUUUUGGUAGAGAGCAUGGCUGGUUUGUUUCCCAAGGAUAAUCCACGGAAUACCCGCUUCUCCAUUAACUUUUUUACCUCGAUUGGUUUGGGUGGUCUCACCGACGAUUUGAGAAGAUUCCUAAAAACCGCCCCCAAAUCUGUGCCCGCAAUAAAUGCUGAAAUUCUGGCCAGUGCCGGGGGAAAUCCUUUCAGAGAUGGCUCUGCUCCCGCUGGAAACAACAAGGUGGUCCCAUCGUCGUCCUCCUCGUCAUCGUCAUCCUCGGACACCGACAGCGAAGACUCCAGUGAAGAGGACAGCAGUUCCGACUCUUCUAGUGAAUCUUCAAGCUCCGAUUCUAGCUCGGAACCCAAAAAGAAACGCAAACGCAAGGACAAGGAUAAAAAGAAAUCUAAGAAAGCCACUAAAGAGAAGUCGAAAAAGAGCAAGAACAAAAAGAAGAAGAACGCGGAAAAGGAAAGAGAAAAGGAGAGGAAGAGAUCAGAACAGGAACAAGAAAAAGAAAAAGAGAAGCAAAGAAAGAGCAAAAAGGAAAAGGCGAAGGAUAAAAAGCGGAAGAAGGAGGAAAAGAAGGCUGCCAAAAAGAAAUCAAAGCGCAGAAGAAAAAGUCAAGAGAGCUCGGAGUCCAGUGGCAGCGAAGACAGCGAUAAGUCCACCUCCGAAUCCUCCGACUCCUCGAAUUCUUCCAGCGAAGACAGCGACGCUGAGCCUCAGGCGAAGAUCAAGCGCCAGGAGCAUGUCCAAAAAAAUAAGUUCCGAGGAAAGUCCCAAGAUAGUGAUGAGUUUAAUCUGGAAGGUCCUGGAUCCAAAAAUCGCUUUCAGUCGAAUGGAAAUGGCCAGCGGCGCAGAGACAACUCGACUGGCAGAGAACGAAACCGAGAGAAUUCUUCGUACGAUAGAGAACGAAAGCGGGAGAAUUCUUCGUACGACAGAGAAAGAAACCGGGAGAGUUCAUACGAUAAGGAACGGAAGAACCGGAAUGCACUUGCCAACGAUAGACAACGAAAACGGGAUCGAUCACGAUCUUAUGAAAGACCACCAAUAAGAGAGAACUCCGCUCCUCGCGAAAGGCGGGUGGAGAGUAGUCGCAGUGAAAAAGACAGUCGCCGUGGUGAACGUUCCUCCAGAAACGAGAAAUCAGACCGCGGAGAGAGAUCAGACCGUGGAGAGAGAUCAGACCGCGGAGAGAGAUCAGACCGUGGAGAGAAAUCAGAUCGUGGAGAGAGAUCAGACCGCGGUGAUCGCGAUAAGGAGCGCAAUCGUGCCAAGGAGCGGGAACGGGAUAGGGAUCGUGAUCUGAAGGGACAACGGGAACGUAAAAGAGAGCGUGACGAUGGAUCCCGUGAUCGUUCGCGAAGGAAGCGCAGCUCACGCAGUUCCAAGGGACGCAGCUGAAUCUGGAGACUGGACAACGUGACGUGAAAAAACAAAGGCAGAUGAAUAUUUGUGUUAAAUAUUUUACUUUUACAUAUGUACAAAGCAAA